UAGUCCGUCAACACGUUGUAGAAGAAGAAGCAGCGCUAUCGCCAGUAGUUGCAUGCUGGGCGCUUCAGUGGACUUUGCUCUGACCAUCCGUCAAGUUGGCUGACUGCAGUCGGAUCCUCAACUAAAGAUGGCUGACCUCCAGGCUAAAUUUGAUGAUGCAGCAGCUGAGGUGAAGCAGCUGAAGGAAAAGCCGGCGGAUGAAGAAAUGCUGCAGGUCUACUCACUGUUCAAGCAGGCCACUGUGGGUGAUGUCAACACAGGUCGCCCCGGGAUGUUUGACUUCACUGGUAAAGCUAAAUGGGAUGCCUGGGAGAAGCAGAAAGGCAAGAGCAAAGAGGAUGCCAUGAACGAGUACAUCAACCUGGUGGAGCAGUUGAAGGAGAAGUGUGGAAUGUGACCUCACAGGACCAACUGCUGGAUGAAUGGAGAGCACCGGCAAAGACCCCCACCAGUAGUCCCUCAUCGCCUUCAAACCCAACAAAUGUGUCCUUAUACAGCACGUGUGUGUCUUGUGGAGCGCUUGUGGUCCAGAUGAGAUUACAUUGGCCUGAAUAACCACUGAUGUAUGAUCAUGAACUGGCCUCCACCAGAGUACCAUCAUAUUUUCAUUCAUUAUUUUAACCAUGUGUAUCUGCACAGAUUCCUCUCAUUUCAAUAUUAAAUUGUUCUACUCUUUCA